UUUAAGGUCCCAGUGGGAUAAGAAUGCUGAGAGCAGAGAGUCAAACUUCCAAAUGUCUCUCUCAGAGAUGCAGAACAGCCUUACUGCCACCCAGACAGACCUCACCCAGACCCUCAAAGCUGUGUCCCAGACCCAGGCAGAGCUGCAGCGGUCCGGGGCCAGGCUCCAGGAGCUCCAGACCUCCAGUAAGGAGCAGAACCAGGAACUGGAGGCGGAGCUUAAGCAGGCCUGUGCUGACAGAGAUGCUGCUGCACGUUCUCUAGAGGAGUUGAUGUCUAGCCACAAGGCAGUGCUGCAGGAGAGAGAGCAGCAAGCACUCCACCUAGAGGAGAAGGAAGAGCAACUGAAGCAAGAGGUGUUGCGCCUUCAGGAGGAGAGGACCUCGCUCAAAAAGAACUCUGAACAAGAAGUAGGUCAGCUGUGGACCCAGCUGGAGAGCAUGAGGACCAGCCGACAAGAGUUAGGAGAGCUGAAGGAGCAGCUGCUCGCCCGCUCGGCUCGCGUUGAUGACAUCGAGCGCCUGAAGACAGAGUUUAAUGAACAAAAGCAGGAAAUCAAAGAACAGAAUGAGGCUGAGCUGGAGAGCCUGAGGAGGUACUUUGAGCAGAGAUUGCGGGCGACAGAGGAGGGACACCGAGAAGAAAUAGCUCUGCUCCAGCUGAGGCUGGUGGAAAGAGCCCUGGAGGAAUCUGUGAUAAGAACUGCAGAUGACAGUUUCAGUUCCAUAUCUCAAGGCCAAGCUGAGGAAGAGAAGGAUCAUCUGUUUUCUGAUGCCGUCUUCAAACUGGAGAAACACAAGGAAGCGCUUGACAAUGUGAGUCUUCAGCUGGAGGAGAAACACACAAUGGAUCUUUCCUAUCUACAAUCUUCUAUGAGCCUCUCCUUUAAGGAAGAGCUGCAACAGGUGCAGUCGGAGAUCACAGACCAAUACUAUGAAGAGCUGCAGGAGCUGAAGACUCGUCAUGCGAUGGAGCUGGAGCAACUCCGAGCUAAGCUAUCUGACCAUCACGUAAAAGAGCUUACCAGAGCUCAUUUGGAGGCAGCACGGCAAGUUGAGGUGGAGGUUGAACAGAGGAUGUGGUGUCUCACUGAGGAGCUGCAGUCAAGGAUGACCAUCAUCCACACUCUGGAUAGCAAUCUGGCUGCAUUGAGUAAACAACAUGAUGCAGAAGUGCAAAGGAACACACAAAAGCUGAAACAGGAGUUUGCUGGUGAGCUCGUCCAUCUGGAGGAAGCUCUGAAACAGGAGAGGGAGGAUGUGCAGGAGGAGAGGAAGAGGUGGAGAGAAGAACUCCAAGAGAAGCACCAAGCCGAGCUCUCUGCACUGAGGUCAGAGCUGGACAGAGAGAUGGAGAGCCUUGAACGAGAACUUCAUGAGGAGAAGGAGAGGUUAAAAACUCUACAGGCUGCCCUGGACAAUGAUGAAAGCCCACAGGUCUUGAUAGUGCGGCAGAGACUGGAGGCCCAGUACGACGGUGAGCUGCAUAGGGCAAAGAGCUGCAUGGCAACAGAAGUCAAGGAGCUCACUGCCCGCCUCCAGGAGCAGGGAGAAGAGCGGCUGCACCAAGCUCAAGAGAGGUUCCAUGGGGAAAAGGCAGCGUUGGAGCAGAGUUUGGCCCAAAAAUAUGAAGUGUCUCUGGCAGAGCUGAAGAGCAAACAUCAAUCUGAGCUGGAAUAUGAGACGGCAGCACUGCGGAACAAAGAGAGGGACACACUCGAUGCCAAACACAAAGCACAACUAGACUCACUCAGUGCCAGCCACAGAGAUCAGCUUACUGCUACGGCCGUUGAGCUCAAAUCCAAACACAGCGCUGAGCUUGUCGCCUUGGAAGCCGCCCUCGAUUCUAAACGAAAGGCAGACAUUGAAAGUCUGGAGGGCGUUUUGAAGGAGACCAAUCAGGCUCAGCUGGAGGCUUCAGAAGCAGAGUUGACUCGCAAACACCAGGAAGAGAAAGAUGAGCUCGAAAUGAGAAUGCUGGGUAAUAUGGAUACUUUGGAGUCCACAUACCUUAAGGAAGUACAAGCACUGCGUGAUGAAAUAAUACAACUUGAAGAAAGACAUCGCCGAGGCCUGAAUCUCCAGAAGUCAGAACACAAGCAGGUCAUGGAGCGCCGCGCAUCGGAGCAGCUGUCCAUCAGGGAGGAGCUGAGGAAAGAGCUGGCUCAGCUGCACAUAGAGAAGUUUAGUGCCAUGGCAGCGGAGCUCAGCCACGUGCACAAGACUGAGCUAACUGCUCAGAAAGAGGCCUUGGAUACUGAACACUGCAAAGCACUGGAGACCCUUAAGAAGCAGGUUUUAGAAGUUGAGCAACAGCACAACCUUGCUCUUCAGGAGCUCUCACAAACCUGCACAGCUGACAAAGAGCAAGUCCUCGCACAGCAGCAGCUCCAGCUCCAGGAGUUGAGGGGGGUCUCUGCGCGAGAAUUGGAGGCAUGUCGCCGCGAGCUAGAAGAAGAAUCGUCAAGGCAACGACAGCACUUCCUGGAAGAGGUGGAGCUCCUCAAAGUCCAAUCAGAGGAGAGACUGCAGGACAGGAUUAAUCGGCUGAAGACGGAGUUUGAAGAGCAGAAGGAGGCGAGGCUUGAAGACCUGAAGAGGAGCUUCACGUCUGAACAGGAGGAGAAGGAGCGCAGCUACACCGACAAAAUGAGCCAACUCACCAUCCAACUGCAGCAGCUGGACACUGUGGUGGCCCAGCUGCGAGCCGAGGUUGGCUGUCUGCAGGGAGAGUUAGAGGGGAAACGUUCAGAGAUGGAAACUUUGGACACCCUCCUCCAACGAAGGCAGCGAGAGACUCAGGAGGGAGGCAACCUGCUCAAGAUGCUCACUGACGAUGUGCAGGCUGGAAAAGAGGAAAGACGUCAACUGAACCAGGCUAACGAAAAGCUAAAGAAGGUGCUGAUUGAGAUGAUUCGCAGCACCAUUGCAACAGAAGACAUGAUUGGACAGAAGAUCUGUGCCAGAGCCAAAACAUCAGAGCACGGGUCCCAUCAGAGGAGCUCAACAGGCAACGAAGGUGCACAAGAAUCAGGUAUCUCGGUUGCAGACGUGUCUUCACAGGACAUGGAGCUGACCCACCUGCUCUGUGAGAGCCUGCUGGUUUCAGAUACUCAGAUCAACCCUGGGGGUGAGGAGGCCGCUCUGAACGCCUGCAUCAGACUGCGUCACACUGUGGACACGCUACUGGACCUGCUCAACCACGCCAACAAACAGUUGGAGCAGACUCAUGGUUUCCACCACUCUCUGGAGGAGAAGUUCUCUCAAGGUCGAGAAGACUCCGCUCAGCUCCUCGUGCAGCACAAGAUUCUUCUGGAGCAGCUGGAUCAGGAGGCCAAGCUGAAGAGUGAACUCCAGCUGGAGUACCACAAGGCAGAGGGGUUAUUGGAGGGCUAUGUGGCUGAGAAAGCAUUGCUGGAGGAGUCUCUGCAGCAGAAGGAGGUGCAAGAGGAGAGACUGGUGGAGGAGCUGGAGGACCUGAAGGUGAAGCUGCACCAGAUGCAGGGCCUCACCGCGGAGCUGGACGGACUCAGACUGAAGCACCAGGAGCUCAGCGAGGAGCACUCACUCCUCCUGCGCCAGAAGGAGCAUCUCUCCGCCGGACUGGGGGAGAGGGAGAAAGGUGAGCGGAGUCGACGCACAAUCCUACGUCAGUCUGCUAAAAUGUUACAUGACCCCUUUAGUGAGCUUGACCACACACUUAUAAUAAUGUCUGUGCUAAGAUGUGUCUUCUCUCCGUAGGCCAUUGGCUCAAUUUAGAUCCUGACGCAGGUUUGUGGGUCAGAGUGGUGUGUGUGUGUGUGUUGAGGGGGUUGGGAUGAAUAUGCAGUGCUGUGUGAGGUUGCUGUUAGUAACACUGCCAUUGCCAGUAGCUAGUAGCAAAGGUUUUUGAGUGCAGUGUUAUUUUACCUCUUCAACCAGGUUUUAGCUCCGAGUGGUCAAAGCAAAUGCAUUCCGUGCCUUUCCAUGAGGGACUGCACAGUAAUACUUGUAUUUAUUUAACUCCUAAUGUCUUGCAAGCUUUGUUAAACCCCCCUCUGUGAAUGUAUUUGCAUUCAAACCAUCCCUCUAACCUUCCUCUUUAUUCUUUCAAGCUCUUCUUGCAGAGACGGAGCGUUUGACCCAGGAUCGGCUGGACUUGCAGCGGCAGGCCGAGAAAGACCACAAAUCUCUGUCGCUGCGC